CAUUAUGUAGGAUAAUUAAGUUUCUAAACAACAAAACAAAAACCAAAAAAAGAACUCCUAUAUACUACGGUCAUCUACAUCACAUAUAUAACAAACGUCCUCUUCUUGAAAAAUGGCCGCCAUGGAAUCAUUGGGAGCUUAUAGCAUGAAAUCUAGUACUAGUAGCAGUCAUACUAACAACAACAAUGAGGGCAUCAAUCAUAAUAUUGAUAAUACUAUGAGGGAUUUCGACUCGAAAACUAUCGAUUUGUGUAUGUUAAGUGUGGAGAGUGUGAUUAGCCAAGGCUCCAUUAGUUCUGUGUUCAAAGCCUCCUAUUAUGGCCAAGAUGUUGUAGUUAAAGUACUUGUAGUAGAACAAUUAUGUCAAAGAGCAAAGGAUUCAGUGAAAAAGCUUUUUGAUGGGGAGGUAUCAAUGUGGAGUAUGUUGGAUCAUCCUAAUAUCAUCAAGUUUGUAGGAGCAUCAAGAGACCUAUGUAUGGUUUCGGAAUAUCUUCAUGGAGGCACACUCAAGUCAUACUUAAGUAACGCUAUAACAUAUCUUUCCUUAAAGACCGUUAUCCAAUUAGCAUUGGAUUUGGCAAGAGGGUUAUCAUAUCUUCACUCGAAAGACAUAGUUCAUGGAGAUGUAAAGAUUGAGAACAUGAUUCUCGAUGAGAGACAUCAACUAAAGAUUGCUGACUUUGGAGUUCCUCGCCUUGUCUCUUUGGUACAAGGUAAAAUGAUUGGACAGGCAGGACGACUUGGUUGUAUGGCUCCUGAGGUGCGUGCGGGGAAACCUUAUGACACCAAAUGUGAUGUAUAUAGCUUCGGAAUAUGCUUGUGGGAGAUAUAUUGUUGCAAGACACCAUUUUCGCCACCAAAGUUUGCAAAUGAAGCUUCCACCGUCUAUAAUAAGGACUUGAGACCUGAGAUUCCCAAAUGGUGUCCAAAAUCAUUAGCCAAGAUUAUGAAAAGAUGUUGGUCAUCCAACCCAAAGAAGAGGCCAGAGAUGAAAGAUGUAGUUUCCAGUUUGGAAUGUAUCGACACAUCCAAAGGAGGUGGUAUGACAUCUAAUGAUCAAGCUCAUUGUUCUUGCUUCUUUCACUGAAAUCUGGGCAACUCGAUGUGUUUCUUCACCAACUUUUGAUUAGUACUUUUAUUGUUUGACAAAUUAUGUAUUGGUUAUCCCUGCUGAAGCCUAUAUGCGACGAAAUAGAGGGUUGAAUUCAGCAGUAGUCUGUUAAAAGUAUUCUCCAUUUUUUCUGGGAAAAGGUAAAUUUGGCCUCCGUGACACCAACCAUGUCUUGGGUGCAGAGAACCACACAAUUUUUAGUCGGUGUAUUUAGUAUCUCAAACUACAUAGUUUGGGUGCAAGUUGUGACACAUGUCACUUUAGAUACAAUGAGUAACAAAUGACUACGAAUAUUGCGUCAUCCAUUGCAUACAGCAAUAUGUAGUUUAUGUGACACAUUGCACCCUGAUAAUAUGAAUUGUUGCAGAGGGCAUCCGAUUAAGGUUGUGCUACUCUGUGCACCUAAAUCGUAGUUGUGUCAUUGAGUCUAAUUUUACCUUAGAAAAUGGAGAGGAUCCUCGUUGGUUGUACAAAUAUUCUCCAUCUUUGUGAGAAGCUUGUGGAUAUUGUUUUACCUCUUGAA